CGGGGCGUCACAUGACUCAUGAUGGAGCCUGGCGCUGCGUUCACGGGCCGCGGGAAAACCGAGAGUAAACAUAGGGCCUUUUUGACAGCAGUUCAUACGAGUCUAUAUUUAAGCUGUCUUUAACUCUGCGUGUCUUUUGGUAAGUGAAUAUAAAAAUGUAUUGCAGCAAAUAGCCAAACACUUUUCCACGAAGACACCAUUAAGAUUCAACAUUUGUCCUCCCCCGACCCCUAGUGGCGAGGAACGGAAGCGAAAGUCUGCUGAUUAUGUACACGGACCAGCUACAUUCAUUCACAAAAUGAAAGUCACAUCUUUUGGUUGUGGAUGAAAGUGAGUUCUUCUGUGGCACUGAAUGCUUUUAUCCCAAGCAGGUAAUAAAGUGAAAUGUGUAUAAUUUUGUUGUGAUGGCAGCAUUAUUCUGUGUUAAAUGGAUGUCUAUGAUAAUAACACACAUUACCAUACGCCUGCCUUUGAAUAACACCCAUUGUUUGGCGUGAUGGACGUCAGCUGUGACACAGUAGCUGCAGCUCGUCAGUCAGGUGAGUUCAGGUUUGUUGGAGGAGGAGCUCAGGGAACAGAGGCGUCAACCCUGCAGGCACUGAGCUGGAAGGGACUCAUCAGCUGCCUGCUUCAGACGGACGAACAGUCACAGGUGCUACUUUCCAGUUUCGUCCACUUACGAUGCUGCAUGGCUGCAUCUCUGGUCUUCAAGCUUCAUGACCGCGGCCCGGAGCUGGUGAGGGAGGUGCUUCUGGAGAGAGGAUGGCAGGAAUACGAUGGGGGGCGGCAGGAGGAGGAGGACUGGAACCUCUACUGGAGGGGUUCAAUGUUUGGCAGCUCGGAAUAUCACAACCUGCUGCCAUGGCAACGCCUCAACCAUCAUCCCAAGACGGCUGGCAUCACACGCAAGGAUCUGUUGGCACGCAACCUGAGGAGGAUGAGGGCCACGAUGGGUUCAGCGCUGUACGACUUCAGUCCCACCGCCUUCAUCCUCCCCACAGACUACACACGCCUCCUGGCCCAGUGCAACAGGCUGCAGCGCCGCGGAGGCGCCUCUGUGUACUGGAUUUGUAAACCCGUGGACCUGUCCAGAGGCCGGGGCAUCUUCCUCUUUGACCACAUCAAGGACUUGGUCUACGACUGCCCCGUCAUCGUACAGCGGUACAUCAGCAACCCUCUGCUGAUCUCCGGCUACAAGUUUGACCUGAGGAUUUACGUGUGCGUGAAGAGUUUCCAUCCGCUCACGGUUUACGUCCAUCAGGAGGGUCUGGUGCGUUUCGCCACGGAGAAGUACGACCUGUCAUCUCUGCACAACGUCUACGCUCAUCUGACCAACACCAGCAUCAAUAAGUCUGGCCCUUUCUACAAAACCAAGAAAGGCAGAGUGGGCCCAGGGUGCAAGUGGACACUGGGCCAGUUCAGACACUUCCUCCACAGCCAAGACGUCAACGAGCUGCUUUUGUGGCAGAGGAUCAACAACAUCGUGACUCUGACCCUCCUCACCAUCGCUCCCACUGUCCCCUACUGUCCAAACUGUGUGGAGCUGUUUGGCUUUGAUGUCCUCGUUGAUGCCAAGUAUAAACCCUGGCUGCUGGAGGUCAACUACAGCCCCGCGCUGACGCUGGACUGCCAGGCUGACGUCAUAGUCAAGAAAAGCCUGAUUAGUGAUCUGAUUGAUCUGAUGAAUUACACACCCGCUGACAGACUAAGAGAAAGAGCGCAUCAGGAAGGGAGAUACAGGGCUUGUUGCCGUGCCAACAAGCCCUCACGGGUUCCGGUCCCCGUGCUCCCGAACAAAGUCCAGAGGAAGACAAGUGGCCUCCACCCGUCACAUGUUCACAGACUGCCUCUGCUGAAAAACCCCCAUCUGUCUGAAAAGAUCAACCAAAGAGAGUCCAGACAACAAGCUUUUAUAACCAGCUGCCAAACACACCUCCCCCCCGUUGGCUUAAAUGCAACAGAAUGCAGAAUCAUUGAGGCCACAGGUGCCAAGAACCACACAAACAAAGCACUGAACCUGAUCCUCAGCACAGAUUCAAGGAGGAACGUGUCAGGUGUAAAUGAACGGACACUUCCAGCUACGGCCCCACGGCGGACGCGUCGCAGGCGUCUCCAUGUGUCUGAGGUCACGCAGCGUGACGCAGCUGAGACAGAGGUGGAGCUGGAGACGGAUGCCUCCUCUUCGAUACUGGAUGUUCCACGAAGGAGGCUGGAGACCAGAGCGUCUGCUGCGUCCUGGACGCUGCCAAACAUCUACAGUGGGAAUAAAAGGUUGGUGAGUUUUCCAUUGGAGGCUUCCACUGCAGUGAAUGGACCACCAGUUCCUCCACUGAGAGUCGGAGACUUCAUACGAACAUUCCCGUUUAAUCCAGCGACCCUGAAGGCCUCACGGCUUAACCUGGACGUUAGGACAGUCACACAGGAGCUUCACAAGCUGACUGCCGAGCUGGCGUCCGCACAGUCAGACAGCAGCAAGCUCAGAACAGAGGAGGAGGACGGUACGGAUGCAGAGGCUGGAGCCGACUUUGAAUCUCUGCUCUGGGGGCCGAAGGACCCUCCACUCAUCAGCCAGCGCUUCAGAACCAGCUAGAGUGCAGCG